GAUUAUUUCUUACCUUUCUGUUCUUCCCUUUCUCGUUCCCGCCCUGUUCUACAAGGUUAUGUCCCCGGAAAGUCUCUACGCUGCUGCUUUGAUGGGAGAUUCGCCGUCUCUCCCUCUCCGUCUGCUUUUUCUUCCUUUGAGCUCCGGGCCCCUCCGGCUCGUGACUGGAAUCUGAUCACUCCCUCCCCUCCAAAUUGUCUCGUGCCCACCUUUUUUAUUUAUUUGUUUAUUCUUCUCCAACUUCGUCUUGAUUUCUCCCCCCAUCAAGGAUGUUUCGAGUCGGCUCAUGGCUGUACGGCAAGAAGCCGGGCGCCAAUGCCUCCACCCAGUCUUUGGACUCUUUGUCCGAACUACGGGAUCUUGAGGAUGCCAUGAGGGCCGCUACUUUGAUCCUCAAUGACGACGUGGAUGGUGCCGAGGAUGGCUUGUCGGAAGGCACCUCCUCCUUCCACAAUCUCGGAAGAGGUGUGGUCGCUUUCAUCCGUGCCACCUUGGGGUUUGAACAGGAGAUCAUGCGUCAAGCCUCGGAGCGACUCAACGCGGCCGAAACCAGUGCCGCAAAUGAUCAACAUCGAGCGCAGCACAACUCCAAUGCGCCCAACUCAUACCACUCCCAGAUCUAUGCGCCCGGGACGGAAUUUGCCCUCUGCCAGGCAAUGGCGCAGCUCAUGGGUGCGGUUGUUGGGGUUCUGAACGAGUCUCUGACGGAGAGUAUCAAAGGGUUCUACCGACUACGCAAGGCCUACAUCACGUUGGAUGCCAUUCUGAAGAUGGAGCAGAAGUUCAUCAUGCAGGAGCGGAGCUCUGGAGAUAGUACUCCUACGGAGAGAAACAGCUCCACGACCAAACUUCCAGGGCCCAGUGUCACGACUAGCACGGCUCCUGCAUCGCCCGUGGACGCGGCCGGGCUUUCAAAGCAACUGACCGGUCUGACGGUCACGGGCAGCACUGAGACUCUGACCACCACCUCCGAUAUGCUAGACCAGGAUCCGGAGUCUGACAUUUUCAAGAACCAGAUCGAUGUGUUCAUCCACUCGGGCGCUAACUUCUGUUUCGGCAUCCUCCUGGUCCUGAUCUCCAUGGUCCCGCCCGUGUUCAGUAAAUUGCUCGGAAUCAUCGGGUUCCACGGAGAUAAGGAGCGCGGGCUCAAGAUGUUGUGGCAGGCGAGUAAGUUCCACAAUCUGAUCGGAGCCCUCUCCGCAUUCGCAAUCCUCGGCUACUCCAAUGGGUUCGUCCGUUACUGCGACAUCAUGCCCGACCCCGCCUCACCGGACGACGUGCAAGGCUACCCUCAAGAGCGCCUUGAGGCUCUGUUGGCAUUGAUGAGGGAACGGUUCCCUAAAAGUCAGCUGUGGCUACUGGAAGAGUCGCGCAUGAAUGGCGCCAACCGCAAACUGGACGUCGCCUUGGAGCUUCUGUGCGGAAAGGACCGCAGUCCCCUGAAGCAGGUCGAGGCACUGCGGAUAUUCGAACGUAGUCUGAAUGCGAUGUAUCUCCACAGAUACGAACUGUGUGCGGAGUCUUUCAUUGAGUGCGUGGAUCUCAACUCGUGGUCUCGCUCGCUCUACUACUAUAUUGCAGGCGCCUCGCAUCUGAGCCUCUAUCGGGGUCUGUCCACGACCGAUCCCACCGCUGCGGCCAAACACGCCGAAAAGGCGACCGAGUACUUUCGCGCGGCCCCGCCCCUGGCCGGCAAGAAAAAGUUCAUGGCGCGUCAGCUGCCUUUCGAUGUAUUUGUCUCGCGUAAGAUCGCCAAGUGGGAAGCCCGCGCCAAGGAAUGGAAGGUCUCCCUGGUCGAAGCGGUGGGUGUUGAUCCGAUUGAGGAGAUGAUCUUUUUUUGGAAUGGCCACAGCCGCAUGACCCAGGCCCAGUUGGAGGAGUCGCUCUCGAAGCUGGCCUGGUCCGAGGGCCCGGACAACAAGGCGACCUGGGCGCGUGAGGGCCCGGAGGAGAAGGCCAUCCUGCAGAUCCUGCGCGCGGCUGUCUUCCGCGCCAUGCGGCGGCACGCCGAGGCCAAGGAGCUGAUCCAGACGGGGAUCUUCACGCAGGACAAGUCGCUGUUCACGGGCCAUUUGCGAGACAACUGGAUCUACCCCGUCGCGCACUUUGAAAUAGCCGCCAACCUGUGGAUGGAACGGCCGACGUACCAGGCGCUGCACGGCAAGGCGGUCACCGCCGAGGAGACUGGCGGUGAGAGCGACCCGUUGCAGCUGGAGCGGCGGCAGGUGCGGGAGUGCAAGGAGCACCUCGAGAAGGCGGCCAAGUGGGAGAGCUACGAGCUGGACGCGCGCAUCGGCCUGAAGGUCACGGCGGCCAUGGAGGCGGUGCAGAAGUGGGAAACGGCGCACAGUACCAGCGUCUAAUGGGGGUUGGGGCAUUUAUACAUACCAUGGGGGAAGUCGAUGACGAUUGACGAGUUCUAAUGACGGGUUGUACAAAUAUCCGCCGGCGUACAUGAUACAGAGGAAUAUAUUUACACAUUGCGAAUCGAUCAGGGAUAGAUAGACAAGGAAAUGAAUUCAAUUUUG